GAGAUGUCUAGCUCGGACACUAAUUUGCUUGCCAUUGUUCUUGACUGCAAUCCGGUUUGGUGGGGCCAGUUGCUUUCUCAAAAUUCAGAGGUUUCAUUCACGAAGUGUGUAGAUGCGUUGAUAGUUUUCUGUAAUGCUCACCUCAUGCUAGACCAGGCCAACAAACUCUGUCUCAUCAUCGCCCACAACAAACAAAACCAGUACAUCUACCCAAAAACGAAGAGUGAAGGUGAAGUGGAUAUGCUGGAGGAUGACAACAAGCCACAGUCAGAUGGCAUGUAUGAACCAUUUGCCGACCUCACACACGUUGUCAAGGAACAAAUUUGUGAUCUUGUUCUGAAUGACAACAGUACAGAAUUAAAUUCAGAUUGCAUGCUGACAGGUGCAAUGUCCAUGGCAUUAUGCUAUAUAAAUCGAGUCACAAAAGAAGCCAGCCCAACAGAAACUGUGUCAUCUAGAAUAUUGGUUAUUAAGGGCUCUAAAGAUUCAUCUGCACAGUAUAUGAACUUCAUGUCACUCAUGUUCACUGCUCAGAAGAUGAAUGUGGUUUUGGAUGCUUGUAUACUGGACAAUGACUCAAACCUUUUGAAGCAGGGAUGUGACAUUCUUGACGGUGUCUACUUGAAACUUCCUCAGCUCUCUGGCUUCAUGGAAUACUUGCUUUGCUUAUAUCUUCCGAGUCCGUCGACCAGACAUCAACUGACCCUACCUCCAAGAAUUCCGGUUGGUCACAAGGCUGCUUGCUUCUGCCAUCGGUCACUCAUUGAUAUCGGCUACAUCUGUUCCGUCUGUCUAUCGAUAUUCUGUACAUACGAUUCAAUCUGCCCAACAUGCCAAUCAAUAUUGAAAUUUCAAACCCCACAAAGAAAAAAAAUGAAAAUGUAACUGACACAUCUUUCUUUAAAUAAUUGUUGACGUUUAAAAACUCUUGCUUUCCAUAUUUUUGUAACCACAUACGAUCGAUGUUUCAGCAUGCUUCCAUACAAAAAAUAUUUUCACACAGUAACCACAUGGAACUGAUGAUAAAGACACGUGUAAAGGUGUAUAUAACUUGUAAAUGGAUAUUUUACUGAAAAUUAAUUAUAUUUUGAUAAUAAAUGAUAAAAUGAUCAUCAUCAGAUUAAAUUUUUUUGGAUUUUUCUACCAUAGCAUCAUGCUUUUUUAAAGUCAGCCCAUCGUUAUGUAAUAAAUUUAAAUUUCAAAAUGAUUCAAAAAAUUGACAAGAAAUUUAAAAAAAGUGGAUAAGGCAAGUUCGAAUGAAAUGUUGUUCGAAACUGAUAAUGUGAUACAAAAAAUAAUUAUGAUUAAUAGUUAGCAUCAGCAUCGCUGGUUUCUGCAGUAAAUUAAGUCGUUUAAGACAAUCAAAUGAUGAGUGAGUGAUUAUGUCUGAAUGAUCCAUCAAGCUUCUUGUGAUAAUAACGCGAAAUAUAAUAUUAAUAUUCAAUAUAUUUUGAAUUGCGAUAGUAAAAUGAAUGAAGCGUAAGAUUUAAACCCAAUUAAUCAUAGUGAUUAGUAACUUGGGUUUAAUUAAAACGAUUGUAAAAUAUAAGAUUUGUAUACACGCGUUUAGUCAAAAACAAAAUAUUAUUGUUAUAUGUUAAUAUAAAUAUAAUUCGCUAUAAGUUAGUUCGUAUAUCAAAUACUUAACAU